AUGUUUCCUCUCAGCCUCCUCCAGUCCUCGCACAGCCCUCUGUGUCCCUGCAGUGAGCCUGCACUCACCCUCUGGCCAGCUACACACCUCAUCUAUAGCCAGCUGGAAGAUGACAUGCUGAGCCUGAGGAAGGAGAUGGAGAGGAGAGCGCAGCGUGUCAGCCAGGCUUGUCAGCUCCUGGCUCAGGACAUGAACGUGAGAAGAGCAGCUCAGAGUACACACUCUGCAGGCACUGAGAUCACCUCUCCCAGGACAGGCAAAGAGGGGAAGGGAAACUUUGAGCUCACCCUGGACGUGAGGCCCUUUUCUCCUGAGGAGCUGACAGUGACAACAGAAGGAAGGAGACUGAUUGUGACAGGAAAACUGGACAAGAAACAGGAGAGUGAGACCGAUGGUUACUUCCAUGAGUACAGAGAGUGGAGGAGAGAAGCUGAGCUCCCAGAGGAUGUGAGUCCUAAGGCCGUGCUGUGCUCCCUCUCCAAGGAUGGGCAGCUCCACUUCCAGGCUCCUCAUCUGGCAGUGCAAGCUACAGAAGGGAGACCUGUUCCCAUCACUGUGACCCAGACCCCAGGAGAAGGACAAGACGUCCCCCCAGUGACCCAGAGCAGCCAAGGGAUGGGAGACUCGGAUACUGGGGCCAUCUCCUCCUGAUACCAUUAUGGGACUGUUACAU